AUGGAAUCAAUUAGUUCUUCUGGUAUUAAAAGAAGAGAUACUACGGACGUUCGUGCAGGAAUGAGUUUCCCAUCACCAUAUACGGAUUCAAAAUAUUAUAUUUCUAGCGUAUAUUUAGAACGCCUUAAUGGUGGGUUCAUUUAUUUUAGGGUUUCUGAAAAACCGAUUAAUCAAACUUUCCAAAACAUGGAUAAUUUGGCCCUUUAUAAUGAAUACGACUUCCCGAAAGUCAUUAUUAGUUGUUAUCCGAUGGGGGAGAAGGUCCAUAUUGCUCGUUCAAGUUCUGCACCUUCAUAUUAUGUUGUAGAAACCGAUUAUUUCAAAGUUCGCACUAUUGAUGUGUGCAGAGAACUUGACUAUUUUUAUGAUUGGUUGCAUCCAAUGUACCAAAAUUUAUUGAGUGAGAAUACGGUCGAGAUACCACCGACGAUAGUCGAAAAUAUAAUUGGUGUGAAUGAGAAGGGUAAAAGUAUUCAAGAUGCUGAUAUUAAUUUAAAAGAGGUUAAUAUUGGUGAUGAAAAUGAAGGAAUCCGGAACAAUGCUGACGAGGCAGACGAAAAUGAGUCGAAUUUGGAAGUUUAUAAAGAUGCUGAGACGUAUGAAAGUGAGGCAGAUACUAUCGUUGGUAGUGAUGUUGAAGGGUAA